UUUUACCCAGGACAACUCUAGAGUCUUUCGCAAUUACAUCUCUCAACAAGCGUACUCGUUUGUCAUAAUCCCGUAAUUGUCUACCUUGUUUAGUUUGCCUACUUUCGCUCUCUCCAGAUCUGACAGUAUCAGUCGAGCAAUCAUUGCGAAUAGUGCCUCCAACUUUACAACAGUAGGUCGUUAUUAGUAAUUGUCACUAAUUGAACUAGUCAACUAAUCAAACUAAUCAUCUACGUUUUUCAACCUAUCAAUUCCACUAAUUGGUACUCUUAUUCUAUACAUUAUCUAUUUGUACAACCAUGACUGGAGAAGAAGAGAAGAAACCCCACUUUGAUGCCUCCGGUGCACAUGCCGUCGACGACAAGACCGCCACCGCCAUCUUGAGAAGGAAGAAGAAGGACAACGCCUUGGUUGUUGACGAUGCCACUAACGAUGACAACUCGGUCAUCACGAUGUCGUCCAACACAAUGGAAUUGUUGCAGUUGUUCCGUGGUGACACCGUGUUAGUCAAAGGAAAGAAGAGAAAGGAUACCGUGUUGAUCGUAUUGGCUGACGAUGAUAUGGAUGAUGGAGUUGCCCGUAUCAACCGUUGUGUGCGUAACAACUUACGUGUCAGGUUGGGCGACAUUGUCACCAUCCAUCCUUGUCCCGACAUCAAGUAUGCCAACAGGAUCUCUGUGUUGCCUAUCGCCGACACUGUUGAGGGCAUCACUGGAUCGUUAUUCGAUCUUUACUUGAAGCCCUACUUCGUGGAAGCUUAUAGACCCGUAAGAAAGGGCGACUUGUUCACCGUCAGAGGUGGUAUGAGACAGGUCGAGUUCAAGGUUGUAGAGGUUGACCCAGAAGAGAUUGCCAUUGUAGCCCAAGACACCAUCAUUCACUGUGAGGGUGAUCCAAUUAACCGUGAAGACGAAGAAAACAACUUGAACGAUGUAGGUUACGACGACAUUGGUGGCUGUAAGAAGCAAAUGGCGCAGAUCAGAGAAUUGGUGGAAUUACCUUUGAGACACCCUCAAUUGUUCAAGUCCAUUGGUAUCAAACCUCCUAAGGGGAUUUUGAUGUACGGCCCUCCUGGUACUGGUAAAACCAUCAUGGCUCGUGCUGUUGCUAACGAGACUGGUGCCUUUUUCUUCUUGAUCAAUGGUCCAGAAAUCAUGUCCAAGAUGGCCGGUGAAUCGGAAUCGAACUUAAGAAAGGCGUUUGAAGAAGCGGAAAAGAACUCCCCCUCCAUCAUCUUCAUCGACGAAAUUGACUCGAUUGCUCCAAAGAGAGACAAAACCAAUGGUGAAGUCGAAAGAAGAGUCGUUUCCCAAUUGUUGACUCUUAUGGACGGUAUGAAGGCCAGAUCCAACGUCGUUGUGAUUGCCGCAACCAACAGACCCAACUCCAUUGAUCCAGCCUUAAGAAGAUUUGGUAGAUUCGACAGAGAAGUUGACAUCGGUGUACCUGAUGCUGAAGGACGUUUGGAAAUCUUAAGAAUCCACACCAAGAACAUGAAGUUGGCCGACGAUGUUGAUUUGGAAGCAAUCGCCUCGGAAACUCACGGGUUUGUCGGAGCUGAUGUUGCCUCGUUAUGUUCCGAAGCUGCCAUGCAACAGAUCCGUGAAAAGAUGGACCUUAUAGACUUGGAAGAAGAAACUAUUGAUGCCGAAGUCUUGAACUCUUUGGGUGUCACCAUGGAUAACUUCAGAUUCGCUCUCGGUAACUCCAACCCAUCUGCAUUGCGUGAAACUGUGGUUGAAAACGUCAAUGUCACCUGGGACGACAUUGGUGGUUUAGACGCCAUCAAGAACGAAUUGAAAGAAACCGUGGAAUAUCCUGUCUUGCAUCCUGACCAAUACCAGAAGUUUGGUUUGGCUCCAACCAAGGGUGUCUUAUUCUUUGGUCCUCCAGGUACUGGUAAGACCCUUUUGGCAAAGGCUGUAGCAACAGAAGUUUCUGCCAACUUCAUUUCGGUGAAGGGUCCAGAAUUGUUGAGUAUGUGGUACGGUGAGUCUGAAUCCAAUAUCCGUGAUAUUUUCGACAAGGCCAGAGCUGCUGCUCCAACCGUUGUUUUCUUGGAUGAAUUAGAUUCGAUUGCCAAGGCUAGAGGUGCUUCUCAAGGUGAUGCUGGCGGUGCUUCCGACCGUGUCGUCAACCAGUUGUUGACUGAAAUGGAUGGUAUGAACGCCAAAAAGAACGUCUUCGUUAUCGGUGCCACCAACAGACCCGAUCAAAUUGACCCUGCCUUGUUGAGACCGGGUAGAUUGGAUCAAUUGAUCUACGUUCCAUUGCCAGAUGAACCAGCCAGAUUGUCGAUCUUGCAAGCUCAGUUAAGAAACACUCCAUUGGAGCCCAACUUGGAUUUGGCUGAAAUAGCCAAGAUCACAAAUGGGUUCUCUGGUGCUGAUUUGUCAUACAUUGUACAAAGAUCAGCAAAGUUUGCUAUUAAGGACUCUAUUGAAGCCCAAAUUAGAAUCGACAGAGCCAAGGCCGAAAAGGAGAAGGUUAAGACUGAAGAAGAUGUCGACAUGACCAAGACCGCAGUAGAAGAAGAAGAGGAAGAGGAUCCUGUUCCAUUUAUCACUAGAGCACAUGUUGAAGAAGCUAUGAAGACCGCCAAACGCUCUGUUUCCGAAGCUGAGUUACGUCGUUACGAAUCGUAUGCCCAACAGUUGCAAGCAUCAAGAGGUCAAUUCACCAACUUCAGAUUCACUGAAAACGAUGGUGCAGCUGCUGGUAACGAAGGAUCUGGUAACUCUGGUGCUGCUUUUGGUAGCGUUGAAGAAGAAGAUGAUUUGUACAGUUAAUUGUGCCUCUAAAAGUAAUACUAAUAUUCAGUUCUGCGAUGCGCAAGCAAGUUGUUAUUUCUUCUAGUUACACUCUAUUAUAUCUUUUAUUACAUAAGCAAUAGUUG